AUGGCGACAUCUGUUGCGGCUCUAUCUUCUCCCCCACCAUCAGUUUCUCUGCCUCUCUCAUCAUCUCGCUCUUCCCUCUUCGCUAAUUGCUUCGCAGUCACGACCCGACCCAAUACCCGUUCUUUGGUCGUGACUCGACCCAGAACCCGACCGGAGCCGACGAGAAAGCAACUCACUUGUAAUGCCCUGUUUGGUCUCGGUGUUCCCGAGCUCGCUGUGAUUGCUGGCGUCGCUGCGUUGCUUUUCGGACCUAAGAAGCUCCCUGAGAUUGGCAAGAGUAUUGGGAAGACCGUCAAGAGCUUUCAACAGGCUGCAAAAGAGUUUGAGUCUGAGCUCAAGACGGAACCUGAAGAUUCUGUUGCUGACUCAUCUCCGGUAGCAAUGAGCAGCAACAAAGAAGAAGAAAAAACUGAGGUUUCCUCAAGCUCAAAGGAGAAUGUAUGA